AUGGCUGCUUCUCAUCACAAUGUUAAUCCAACAACUACUAAUGAUGAAGAAGUCUCACAACUGAUGAUGAAGAUCCAAACCACUAAUAUUCGUCUAGUUCCAUCUCUUGAUCAAUAUCUAGAGGAAUUACAGAUGCUUGUUCAAACUUUGAAGAACUUUGUACUAUCGUUUGCACUUUCCUCAUCAUUUGCAAUCCCGAUAGAAUGGCUUUCACUUGUUUCUUCAACCGCAGUGUUCAACAAAACUAAUAAGGUGGUUACGUUACAGAUCUCGGAUUAA